GACGAAAAAAUAGAAUAAAAAGGUGUAUCAUUUUACCCCAUCCUACUUCAUAUAACCAUAUAUGGGCUAUAAUUGCGUCGAGGUGAAAUAAACAAAAGCAUAAUCAAUUGUUUUUUGUAGAUAAUUGCAGUAUAAGUAUGACGCCCACGAGAAUAUUUUCUUUGUUGGUUUGUGUUGUUUUAAUAGCAAGAAGUAAUUCAAAGCCGAUUGAAACAUCACAAUUGGAAGAUAAUGUAUCAAAACAAGACGACUAUUCAAGCGCAAUCGACACAAGAAGUCAUUUAUUCGACCGGCAUUUUCCUGUCCAUUCUUCUGAGAUUUUGAGAGGUCCGGAAGACGACGACGACAACAACAACAACGGUAAUUUAGCCACCCCUUACUUGAGAGCAUUUACACAUGGAGCACACGAUGAUCCAGAACCGUCCCUUGAAUACGAAGAUUUACUAAAAGCAAUUAAUCUCUUGCAAAACGAAAAUACAGCAGAUACAGACACCACAAAAAGAGAAUUGGUUGUGAGAGACCCAUACUUCGUCAAGAAGAAUAACCAAGAAUCUUAUUUCGUUAAAAAAGAUGAUGAACCACGAUCGUAUUUCGUAAAGAAAGAUGCCGCCCGCCCCAAUUACUAUUUUCUUAAAAAGGCCUUUCCCUCUAAAUUGUUUAAUUCUUUCGGUUCUUCUCGUGCUUGUCCGUGCAUGAAAAAACGUGACAACUCGGACGAACAAAAUCCCCCCUUUGGUAGUUUAAUCAAAAGCCUUUCAGCCAAUAAUCCCGAAGCUGGUUUGCCGUCUUAUCUGCCAAAGAAAACUGCUGGCGCAUUUUGGUCAAUAGAUACGCCAGCCUGGAUCGCCUCACAAAAUCGACACAUGCAAAAAUCGCCACAAGCAAUGAAAAUGCUAGAAUUCAACAGGCAAUGUCUGAACCUAUGUGGCAAAUAGUGGCACUGUGUAUCCAAAAAUUAGCUGUGCGCAUUAAUAUUCUAUACCAAAUCAAUUUGUUUUCAAGUUGUCCGCUGUUGCAUGUGCUUACAAUUGCUCUAGAAGUAGAUUAUGCUGCCGCAUUUGAUUGGUGUCGUGCUGAAACAGUGAACAAAUUUUGAAAUCAAUAUAUAUUUAUUCACUUACCUAACUAAAGAUAAUUAUAUGAAUAAACAUUUAUGUCGUGAUUGCAACCAUAAUUUAAAUAAAAUAAAGCAAAUGCUGUUCUGUAAAAGAGUUUUGGAGUCAGUACAAAAGUCUUCAGAAACAGAAUUCUGGGGAAGAAUUAUAUUACAAAUGGAAAUAGGACAUCUAUGGUCCAAGCAAAAAGGCAUGAGUUUCUAAAAAUUUUGUCACGAAAUGUUUGGAAAAGUUUUGCAGUAUUUUAUGAAGAAAGUUUUAAUAUAAA